GUUGGCCCCAAGGAUCCUGAAAAAGCAAAACAAGUCUCACCUCAAAGUUUACGUGCUAUUUAUGGAUUGGAUCUUCUUCAUAAUGUGUGUCAUGCCAGUGAAUCUCCCAAGGAAGCUCAACAAGAUCUAGCUUGGUUACAAAGUCUGGUGGUUGAUGACCUUUCUGUCAAAUUUGAUAAUGUCAGUCUUUCCUCAUCUGCCCACCACAAUCGGUACCUCGAAAAUCGCCGCUCCUUCCACAUCUGCAGCCUCUUCUUCUUCCGUUUCCUCUUCUUCCUCUUCUACUUCUCCUGAUAAUACUAGAAGAAAAUCGACAACGAAAUCAUCAUCCUUAGCUCGUCCAAAAUCAUCCCUUGGUUCACGUCCUUCAACUCCAUCUUCAGCAGCAACAACCACUAUCAAAAAGUUACCUACCAAUGGUGGUAAAACACAAGAAACAACAUCAAUCACAAAAAAAGUCAUGACUCAACCAUCUGCUGUUAAAAAAUCCACUGUUUUACGCCCUCCAAAGGUUCAAACAAACAAGACCAGGAAAGAGAGCAAAACAUCACGCAUUACUGCAAGAUCGGAUCCUAGCAAACAAUCAUCAUCUGAUCCAGUAGCCAGCAUGGGACCCAGCACCAGCAAGCGCCUUGUCAAUGCCGGAAACAUCUCGAAAAAUAGUAACCCUGGUAUAUCAGUACUAACAGGUCGUACACGGAAAUUUAGCACCAGAUUGGACAGUCGCAAAAACGCCAACAGUAUCCUCUCUUCCUCUUCUUCUGCAACAGGAGAUACAACAACAGCAGCGGACACAACAGUAACAGUGGAUGCAACAUCAACUGUGGAUGCAUCAGCACAAAAGGCCUCAGAACUACCGGAUACAUCGCCAAUUGUGGAUACACCAGCAACCGUGGAUGCGCCACCACCACCAGCAAUUACAGAUACAUCAGUAGAAACGAAUGAUCAUUCAACACCAAUGCCUAUCAAUGAUGACGCAGGUGACUCAGGUGACAAUGUGCCUAAUGCUUCGGAAUCUCUCAACACAGUGCCCUCAGUCUCAACAUCCUUUUCGCAACAUACAACAGAAAGUGAUCAUGAUGCAGAAGUAGCAGCAGCAACAUCAGCACAAUCAGUUAAAAAUGGAGACAGCAAUGGAUGCAAUCGUGAUAGCAACGGAAAGUGCAACAACGACAUGAUGAUGAUGGAUAGUAUUAGAGUGGAAUCACCUUUCUUACAACUGGAUCGUCGUCGAUCAUCAUCAUUCUCGCCUGUCAGUGUAGCAUCAUCUUUAACAAGACCAGAAACACCUGAAGUAGAUAAUUUACGACAACGUUUUGAAGUGUUAGCCCAAUCAGCAGCAGCUACAUCAACAAUGACAACAGGCUCAGUAACAAGAUCACCAGUAUCAGUCAAACGUGGUUCAUCUAUCACUCCAGAAAUGGCAUCUCGUAUCAAAGACUUGAAACCUAGGGAUCCAGUUGGUUCUCGUGUAAAAAGUAUGGUGGAAUUCUUUAUGGAUGAAAACCUUCACAAGUGGGAAUUCUAGGUCUCCUUCUCAUUUCUCUCUUUCCUUUGCCCCCCUCCCUUCUUUUUAUAUAUAUAUAUAUAUAUUCCAUUUAUCCCCUAUUAUUUACAAGUUUCUUUUAUUAUUGUUAUUAUUAUUAUUAUCAUUUUUAUUAUCAUUACCAUUAUCAUUAUUAUCAUUACUAUUAUUAUUAUUAUUAUUCUUAUCAUUACUCUUAGUAGUUGCCCUUUCCAUUUCCUUUUCUUUUUUUUUUUCUCUUUAUACAAUAGAUCAAUUUACUACAAUUCAGUAUAUUUAUUUUUAUCUUUAUAUUCUAUCCUUUCUUCCUCUCUAACCCAUUCCUUCCCCCUUUUCAAAACAACAACAUUAUACCAUUUUGUAUUGUAUCUAUUCCUUCCUUUAUAUCCUAGUUUUUAUAUUUCAAUCACACUCAAUAUGGCUAUAUUCAAUAAAGUUGUUUGAUUUUUUUUUUUUAUAAAAC